GCGGUCCUCCUUGCCUUGCCUUGCCUUGCCUUGCUUCCUCUGGGCGCGGCGAGGCCAGGGCUGCCAGGCGCGCGCUCUGAAGCCCCGGAGGCGUGCCGUCCUCGCGCCUCCUCCUCGUCGUGCCUCUGGGCUCCUUUCCCUUCUGCAGCACGGAAGAGGCGAAGCAAAGCAGCAGCGGGAGCCAUGUCGCUAUUGUCCCUGGCCUUGCCUGCCUUCUGGCUCUACUGGACCGCGACGCGCCUCGUCCUGCACCAGAUCUUGCGCCGCUUCCGCCUGGGCUGCCCUUCCAAAGCAGUUUUUCCUCUUCAGAAUGGGAAUGUUGCCAUAGUAACUGGAGGCACUAAAGGAAUUGGUUACCAUACUGUGAAACAUUUGGCAAGACUCGGCAUGCACGUUAUAAUAGCUGGUAGUAAGACAGAUGAAGGCCAUGAAACUGUUACGACUGAGAACGCUGAAUCUUGCAGUAACCUAUUAGAAAGAAAGCAAAUGGAGUUUUUAUACUGUGAUUUGGCUUCCAUGAAGUCCAUACAUCAGUUUGUUCAAGCAUUUAAAGCAAAGAAUUGCCCACUUCAUGUCCUGAUCAAUAAUGCUGCUGUAAUGUUGGUGCCUGAAAGGAAAACAGAGGAUGGGUUUGAAGAGCACUUUGCUGUUAAUUACAUUGGACACUUCUUGUUGACUAACCUUCUCUUGGAAACACUGAAGCAAUCAGGAACCCACAGCCACAAUGCUCGAAUUAUCACCCUCUCAUCAGCCACACACUAUGUAGGCGAGUUACAUCUCAACGAUCUGCAAAGCAGUUGCUUGUAUUCACCCCACGGAGCCUAUGCCCAAAGCAAACUUGCCCUUGUAUUGUUCAGCUAUCGAUUACAGCAUCUCCUGACAGAAGAAGGGAGCCAUGUGACCAUUAAUGUUGUAGAUCCUGGAGUCGUGAAUACUGAUCUCUACCAGCAUGUCUGUUGGGCAGUCAAAACAGUCAAGCGGAUUACAGGCUGGCUUCUCUUAAAGACACCAGAAGAGGGUGCAUCUACGUCAAUCUAUGCAGCAGUUUCACCAGAGCUAGAAGGAGUUGGCGGCUGCUAUCUUUACAAUGAGCAAAGGACAAAAUCUGCUGAUGUUUCCUAUGACGAAGAGCUGCAGAAAAGACUCUGGACAGAAAGCUGCAGACUUGUUGGGAUUCCUGAUCUGGUGCCAUAGAAGUCUUGAAAAAAUAGCCACCACAGCUUGCUGUGCGAAUACAACAUGUCUCACUCGCCUCUGCUGAGCAGCAGCAUCACUCAUAUUCCGGGAUUCACUGUUCAGUCACAUGGGCAAAUGUGAACUUUGCCUGAGCUACCUGAUUGAAAGUGGAUGGUGGUGAUGGGCAAACUAUUCCCAGCUAGAAUUGUGUGCAUGGUGGUUUUGAAUUUAACCAUCCAUUUUGUAACCAUGAUGUUUCAGUCUGUGAUUAAAAAAGAUCUUUAACCGUA